AUGCAGCGCCUUCUAUCCAGGGCUCACUGUCGUCUUACCGCCCUUUCUAGUGCCACCAAAUGGGCCCACUACACCCGCCCGUCGCCACCGGGUCUGCCCCAACGUCCCCGGCACCACCACCAGAUCCGGCGUAAUGCCCAACUGGCCGCCAUCCAACCAGACGAAGUCCCUAUUGACUCUGCCCCAGAGCCCCGCCAGCUCCCUGAACACGCUGUCAUCUCAACCUUUGACUUGUUCAGCAUAGGCGUCGGUCCUUCUUCCUCCCACACGGUGGGUCCUAUGAGAGCUGGAAAGAUCUUCAUCAACGACUUGAAGGAACUCGAUCUGCUAGACAAGGUCAAGACUAUUAAGAUCAAUCUCUACGGAUCACUUGCAGCAACUGGCAAAGGACACCACACACCCCAGGCAAUCUUACUAGGCUUAGAAGGCUCGGAUCCAGAGACCAUAGACACGACAACUAUACCCACUCGCUAUGAAGCCAUCAUCCAGAACAAGACGCUUCUACUCAACGGUCACCACCGCAUCGAAUACGACAUGGACAGAGACAUGCUAUGGCGCUGGGACAUGGUUCUCAAGACCCACCCCAACGGGAUGAGAUUCAGCGUCUUCGAUGCAAACGGCGAUCUGUUGGCUACUAACGAGUACUUUAGCGUUGGUGGAGGCUUCGUCGUAAACGACAAGACGAAAGUGGACGAGAACCUGUUCUACAAGGGCGUGGACAAGAAGAGGGUACACGGUGCAAGACUGCAUCAGUCUUUGCAUUCAUCUAUUGCGUCGACUCCCGAGUCUCCUAGCAUUGCUGGCUCCACUCAUGCGUCCGCGGGAGCUCCGCCGGCGCCAUUCAUUCCCCCACAGUUGGAAGUCGGAACUGCAACCGAAACGGAACAUGCUCAAGGGGAGAUCGACAAGCCUCCUUAUCCGUUCGACACGGGUGCCACGCUGUUGGCUUUGACUAAGAAGUAUAACAAAUAUUUUGGGUACACAGAUGAAGAAAUUCACGAGAAGUUAAUGAGAAUCUGGCAAGUUAUGGACGAAUGUAUUCACGCCGGCGUUUCGUCCACCGAACGAACCUUACCUGGUAGAUUGGGCGUUAGGCGACGGGCGCCUAUGCUUUAUCGACGAUUGAUGAGAGGAUUCUACCCUGGUAUCUCGACCCCCCAAGUCCAAGCUAUAGGUUCUGGGUCUCACCAACACGGCGGUGAGAUAGAAGCGCCAGAGGAAAGGUCUCCUAUGUCGUCAGCGCCAGAAACAACCAAGCCCUCGAGUACAGGGUCCUCCCAACCCCCGCGAAACUUUGGCGUUCCCCGCGUCGUCGGAUCGUUCGACCAUGCAUUAUUGCCCAUGCCACCCACCAAGACGACGAUCCCCGCAGUUGAUUUCCUUUCGUGCUAUGCGAUAGCCGUUAAUGAAGUGAACGCUGCCGGUGGGAGGAUCGUCACGUCUCCUACCAAUGGCGCCGCGGGUGUGAUACCUGGUGUCUUGAAGUACAUACUCGAGUUCGUGAGCGAUGACCCGGAGAAGAGUAUCAAGACGUUUUUGUUGACUGCUGCUGUAAGGGCCGUUGGAAUGCUUUUCAAACGAGGCAGUACGAUCUCCGCUGCUGAAGGAGGAUGUCAAGCCGAGGUCGGAGUGGCAUGCUCAAUGGCGAGUGCUGGGUUUGCUGCGUGUAUGGGAGCUUCGCCGGAGACGGUCUUACAAGUAUGUUCUCGAGUUUUCAUGGAUUUCAUUCGGACAUUCGUUGACAAUGGUUUCGCGAUCUCGAAGGCUGCCGAGAUUGGUAUAGGUUUAACAUGCGACCCUAUCGAUGGCCUUGUCCAAGUUCCCUGUAUAGAACGAAACAGUCUUGGAGCUGUGAAAGCAGUAACAGCGGCCCAACUGUCGAUGGCGAGUCAUGGCGUUUAUAGUGUGACGCUGGACGAGGCGAUCGAAGCCAUGAGGCUGACUGCGGCUGAUAUGAGCGUCAAGUAUAAGGAGACGAGUCUUUCGGGUCUGGCUACGACUGUGAAGAUCCCCCUCUCAGUCCCCGCUUGUUAG